AUGACAAAAGAAAUAUUUAUAAAUCUAUCUCAUUUAAAAAUAAAAAGACUUCCAUCUACAGUCUUUUCAAAUACAUCAAAAUUAGAUCUUCGUAGAAAUUUAUUUACUGAUAUGAAUCUUAUUCCAUUACCAAAUCUUAGCACAUUAGAUAUGUCAGACAAUAAAAUAAAAUAUAUACAAUGUAAAAAUAUACCUAAUGUUUUGAGUUUAGAUUUAAGUUAUAAUUUAAUUACGAAUAUAAAUAAUUUACCCAGUGGGUUGGAAGAACUUUAUUUAAUAUGUAAUGAUAUUACUAAAAUAGAAAAUUUACACUUACCACAUUUAAGAAUAUUAGAUCUAGCAGUCAAUGAAAUAAAAACGUUAGAAAAUUUAGAUAAUUGCCCAUUUCUACAUGAGUUGUAUCUUGGAAGUAACCAAAUAUCAGAAUUACCUGAUUUAACACAUCUAAAACACCUCAAAACAUUAGAUUUACAAAAUAAUAAUUUAGUGAAGAUUGAUUGUAAAUCAUUGCCUGUUUCUUUAAAUCAACUUUUGUUGAGUGAAAAUUCUCAAUUGACAGAAAUUAUAAAUAUAAACUGUCUUACCAAUUUAAAUUUACUGGCUAUUAAAAAAACAUUAAUUACGGAUAUUAAUGUAAAUAAGCAUGUAGAGGUUUGGAGAUAA